AUGAGAGCCACCCUUCUCCUCGGCCAAACAUGCUCGCGCAUCGGGAGCCAACCGCUGCGUCCACAAAUCCUACGACAGAUCCAAUACAGCCUGCGCAGCGGCCGUACCUCCAAGACCUUCUCCAUCCUCCGCACCGUUCGCCAGAAUUUUCGCGCGCCUCCGUCUCCCGUCAAAGGCGGCACCGCCUUGCUCGCCGCCGCCCUCACCCCGGCCGCUUUCGUGCAGAUUGCAGAGGAUGACGACGAAGGCCAUGAGCACAAUGGCAAAACACACGAAGAGCAGAUGCUGGAGAUGUCACGCAAAGAGCUGGCCGAGUAUGUGCCGGAGCGCUUACGCGGUUCGCGGAGGUUUCGACGCGCCAUCUGGCGGUUUGUCGACACAUACAUCGUCGAGCCCAUAGCCACCGGCCUGCGCUUCCUGCAUUUGCUCGUCAUCUUCGUGCCUGUCAUUGUGACGGUGCCCGCCGUCUACUUUGGCGCGCGACGGCCGGACAAAGACAAUGAACGGAGUGGCACGCUGUGGUGGUAUUGGUUCCUCGUCUCCUCCAUGGAGCGCGCGGGUGCAGCCUUCAUCAAACUCGGGCAAUGGGCGGCCAGCAGGACAGACAUCUUCCCCACCGAGAUGUGCGUGGUCAUGUCUUCGCUGCACUCCCACGCCCCCGCGCACAGCAUGAAGGUCACGCGUAAAACAUUGGAGCGCGCAUUCGGCAGGAAGUUUGCGGAGAUCUUCGAGGAAUUUGACGAGACGCCGCUGGGUGUCGGCGCCAUUGCUCAGGUCUACAAGGCCAAGUUGAAGCCAGAGCUGGUUGCCAAUCAACCCGACCGCGACGACGAACCGCAGACGCUGCGUGAACGAGCGCAACGCACCGUGGACCCCAUCUUGAAGAGCUCGCCGCAGCGCGUCCCCUCCAAGUACGUCGCGAUCAAAGUCUUGCAUCCCAAGAUUGAACGCGUGGUGCGGCGAGAUCUGCGCAUCAUGGGCUUCUUCGCCAGCAUCAUCAACGCCGUCCCGACAAUGGAAUGGCUCAGCUUCCCCGACGAGGUGGCGCAGUUUGGCGAGAUGAUGCGCCUGCAGCUCGACCUACGCAUCGAGUCCGCAAACCUAACUAUCUUCCGCCGAAACUUCCGCAAUCGGAGCACCGCGUGGUUCCCCUAUCCCUACUCUCAAUAUACCACGCGCCAGGUGUUGGUCGAAGAGUUUGCCGUCGGUAUUCCCCUCGAGCACUUCCUUCAAAAUGGCGGCGGCGUCUUCCAAAAGGAAAUCGCCGACGAAGGCCUAGACGCCUUCCUGCACAUGCUGCUCAUCGACAACUUCAUCCACGCCGAUCUCCACCCCGGCAACAUCAUGGUGCGCUUCUACGAGCCCGCCGGCGUCCAGUCCAGCCUCCCCUCAUCCCUGCGCCGCGACAAGGACACGGCCAAAGUGGAGGGGCUGAAGAACGGCACGGACGUGACGGAGCGCGUGCUCGAGCGCCUGCGCCCUUUCCGCCACGACAAGACGGCGUGGGUCAACACGCUCGCGCAGAUCGACAAGGAAGGCUACCGCCCGCAGCUCAUCUUCAUCGACACCGGCCUCGUCACCGAGCUCAACGAGCUCAAUCGCACCAACUUCCUCGACCUCUUCAAGGCCGUCGCCGAGUUCGAUGGCUACAAGGCAGGGCACUUGAUGAUCGAGCGUUGCCGGCAGCCGAGCGCGGUCAUCGACAAGGAGAUCUUCGCCUUGCGCAUGCAGCACCUCGUCCUCGGCGUCAAGAGUCGCACGUUCGCUCUCGGCAACAUCAAGAUCGGCGACAUCCUGAAUGAGGUGCUGUCCAUGGUGCGUGGGCAUCAUGUCCGCCUAGAGGGGGAUUUUGUGAACGUAGUUUUGUCAAUCCUGCUCCUUGAGGGCAUCGGUAGAAGCCUGGAUCCGGACUUGGACUUAUUCUCGGGUGCGUUACCAAUCUUGAGACAACUCGGCGCCCAGCAGUCCCGGUCCAUCUUACAGUCGGGCGAUUUGUCGAUGGUCAAGGUGUGGGCGGGGUUGGAAGCACGGAAGUUCCUGCAGGCCAGCGCCGAGAGCGUAGAGAACUGCGUCAAAUACGACCGCCUGUCUCCGAAUAUAUAA